GGUUUUCAUCGCGAUGUGCCAGAGAGUGAAAGCGCCCCGCGGCCCUUCAAUGGCACUGCGAUUGCUCCACCACUGCAAAGCUGUGGCGCCUUGUUGGCGCUGGCGGAGGACGCGGCCAAAGAGCUUCAAUGUGGUGCAGAGGCAUUGUGGUCGGAUCCAGGCAAGGACUGGUGCUCUUGGGAUUAAAUUGAGGAGCUCUUGCUUUUUUGCCUUUGCAGAUUUCUGGUUGGAAGUUGGGACCGAGAAAAGGCUGGCCGGUUGGUGAGAAAGGAAAAUCUUUUGGAAGGCUGCAUUGGCAUCUCUUCUCCUGGACGGUGAGAGUCGACGAGUACCGCUAGAGGAAUAUGCUCUCUCUAUAUUCCUCCAAUGGAGGAAUAUGCUCUCUAUAUAACAUAAAAAUUACUGCCACGCGUUUCCACACGCCUUUGCCAGGUCAUCACUGAAUUUGGACUUCGACUAUCCUGUUCUUCAGGAUUCAGUAAAUCACUUGUGGUAAGGUUUUCCGAUCCAACAAGAGAAAUGGCUCGGGGAUGGGGACGCGAUCGAGGUGAGUCUGCUGAAGACCACGACGAUUAUGAUCCGGAGCCUUUUGUGGGAGGCUACGACAUUGGGUCAUGGUAUGGACCGAUCAAGGAAGCAAGCCCGGAUUGGAGCUAUCCACCCUAUCCGCAGAGCGGCGAGGAGGAAGAAGAAACGUAUGUGGAUACUGAGCGUGUGGCGGAUUACGGCAGCGCAAAGCCGUCGCAUUACGGCCAUGGUCAAGGUACGAGCAGCAGCUAUGGCACUGGCAAACAGGAGUACAGUUCGGGACAUGGACAGCAAGCUGGCUAUGGCGAUGGAUCUGAAGAAUCUGCGGAGUAUGGAUCUUCCAAGCCCUCUUAUGGGUAUGGAUCUGGUGGAAUUGAGCAGACUGGGUAUGGCUGAGGUGAUUACGGUGCUGGAUCUGGAUAUGGAGGCCAGAAGCAGCAGCAGCAGCAGGAAGAAUAUGGAUCUGAGAAUGUAGGCUAUGGGGGGCGUAAGAAGUAUGGAGAAGAAGAAGGCUAUGGUGGUCGAAAAAAUAUGGAGAGGAAGAUGAAAGUGAAGGCUAUGGUGGUCGUAAGAAAUAUGGGGAGGAAGAUGUAACGGAAGGCUAUGGUGGUCAAAAGAAGUAUUUUGUUACCUUCUUGGAUGACUACUCCCACUAUUUGAUUGUUUACCUACUAGCUUAGAAAUAAGAAGUGUUUGACUACUUCAAGACUUACAAGACUUAUGUUAAGAACUUGCACAAUUGCAUAAUCAAGGUGCUGCGUUAUGAUUAUGGAGGCAAGUUCCUAUCUAUGAAGUUCAAUCUCUUUUGUGCUGAAGCUAGCGUUACAAGACAAUAUGCUAUUGCUGGUGCACAUCAACAAAACGGCUAAGCUAAGAGGAUCAACAAAACAAUGGAUCAGUCAGCCUUUUUUAUGCUGCAAUAAGCAGGUCUACCAACUCAUUUCUGGGGUGAAGCUGUGAACAUAGCAGUUUACUUGUGUAAUUGACUUCUUAGAUGUGCACUA